ACUACAGUAGCAAAACCCUCAGCCUAAAACCUCCCGUCUAUGAAGUAUAAAACUCACUCUCAUCGCUAAAGGGAUCUAAAUCCCACAACGAUCCAGCACCGUAAAGAGAUGUUGUCGGCCGUUGCAAGGUCCAUUCUCCGCUCCAGCGCUGCCAGAACCCCAGCUGCAGCAGCGAGGUUCGCUUCGGCCCCGAAAUCUAAAAGCGCGGCGGCCUUCUCUCCAUUCCGCAAUUCCAAACAGAACAACCCCCUCUCUCAUCACAUUUUCAGAUCACCUGUGGAGAUGAGCUGCUCUGUGGAAUCAUUGUUGCCGUAUCACACUGCCACUGCCUCUGCAUUGCUGAAUUCAAUGCUCUCUGUCUCUCACCACCGAUAUGGUUGGACCCUUGAAGGAGAAUGCAAGAUUAGAUGAAGAUCAAGCAAACAAAGAUGUAGUUUUGGAUUUAUUUUGUUUCAAGCUUUGAAAGUACUGGGAUUAAUCUUUUGUAGGUUAGGGGAAGGUCUGCGUACAUCUCGCUAGUCCCCAAUCCCGCUACUGCGGUAGCUUUAUGCACGGGAAUUGUUUACCUUAUAGGUUGGGGGAAAAGACUUUUUCGUAAAAAUAAUGUAAACACUUGAGCGGAUGAACUGCUUCUUGUUAUUUCGUGGAGUUAGAAAUGGCCAAUGAAAAUUUCUGUUUUCGUUUUCUGCUCAAGUCAUUUUACUUAGAUAUUCUAAAAACAGAAAAAUUGUUUCUCUAUGCAAGCGAUGCUUAAACCAAGGAAACUCAUGGGGAGUUCUUUACGAUGAGGGAGGGCCUAAGGCCCUCUAAUUUUCAUGUUCUACUAGAAAGGCUCCAGUUAUGCAUACAAUUUUGUAUAAUUAAAUUUUGGUUAAAAAUGAUAUUUUAUGUGAUAUUUGAUUCCUCUGGCUUUGGUUCAUUCUAUUGAGUCCAAUCGUUGUUCAUUUUUUCUGCUAAUCAACUUGAAGAGGUUUAAUUUGCAACUUCAUUAUGCAUUCCAGUUUUCUUGUAUAACUGAAUUGAGCCUUCCUUUAUUCUUGUUGG